AUGGCGCUGCACUCAAUGCGGAAAGCGCGUGAGUGCUGGAACUUCAUCCGGGCACUUCAUCAAGGACCCGACGCUACUCCUGUUCCCCAGAAAGAUGCUGUGAAGCGAAUAUUCUCGGGCAUUCAGCCUACAGGAAUCCCCCACCUUGGCAACUAUCUGGGAGCCAUUGAGAGCUGGGUGAGGUUACAGGAUGAGCAUGACUCCGUGAUGUAUAGUAUUGUUGACCUACAUUCCAUCACUGUCCCCCAGGACCCAGCCAUCCUCCGGCAGAGCAUCUUGGACAUGACUGCUGCUCUUCUUGCUUGUGGCAUAAACCCAGAGAAGAGCAUCCUCUUCCAGCAAUCUCAGGUGUCUGAGCACACACAAUUAAGUUGGAUCCUUACCUGCAUGGUCAGAUUACCUCGAUUACAACAUUUACACCAAUGGAAGGCAAAGACUGCCAAGGAGAAGCAGAAUGGAACCGUGGGGCUGCUCACAUACCCGGUGCUCCAGGCAGCUGACAUUCUGCUGUACAAGUCCACACACGUUCCUGUUGGGGAGGAUCAAGUCCAGCACAUGGAGCUAGUUCAGGAUCUAGCACAGAGUUUUAACAAGAAGUAUGGGGAGUUCUUCCCAGUACCCAAGUCCAUUCUGACAUCAAUGAAGAAGGUAAAGUCCCUGCGUGAUCCCUCUGCCAAAAUGUCAAAAUCAGACCCCGAUAAACUGGCCACUGUCAGAAUAACUGACAGCCCGGAGGAGAUAGUGCAGAAGUUCCGCAAGGCUAUGACGGACUUCACGUCGGAGGUCACUUACGAGCCCGCCAGCCGAGGGGGCGUGUCCAACCUGGUGGCCAUUCACGCAGCGGUGACCGGGCUUCCCGUGGAGGAGGUGGUCCGCCGCAGUGCUGGGAUGGACACUGCUCGUUACAAGCUGGUGGUGGCAGAUGCUGUGAUUGAGAAAUUUGCUCCAAUUAAGAGUGAGAUUGAAAAACUGAAGAUGAACAAGGACCACUUAGAGAAAGUUUUGCAAGUUGGGUCAGCAAAAGCCAAAGAAUUAGCAUAUCCCGUGUGCCAGGAGGUGAUGAAAUUGGUGGGCUUUCUAUAA